UGCCCCAUCAUUGGUGUCAGUGGGAGGAAUAGUGGCCCAUCAUUGGUGUCAGCGGGAGGAAUAGUGCCCAUCAUUGGUGUCAGUGGGAGGAAUAGUGCCCCAUCAUUGGUGUCAGUGGGAGGAAUAGUGCCCCAUCAUUGGUGUCAGCGGGAGGAGGAUAGUGCCUCAUCAUUAGUGUCAGUGGGAGGAAUAGUGCCCUAUCAUUAGUAUCAGUGGAGGAAUAGUGCCCCAUCAUUGGUGUCAGUGGGAGGAAUAGUGCCCCAUCAUUGGUGUCAGUGGGAGGAAUAG